UAUAAAGUAAAUUAACUACACGAUAAAGUCCAUGAUUAACUACAUGUCCCAGGAACAUUAAGCUCCUCCGUCCUCCAUGAACCCGCUGGUAUAAUGAACACAGAGCGGGUCAGAGUGCAGCAGAUCCGGCUGUGGAGAGUCCAGUCUGUCACAGGAUGCAGUACUGCAGCACACGUGCAGGCGUUCAGGGCCGCAGCUUCAGAGAUGUACUGUUCUCUGGAUACGCUGCAGACGGAGGCAUGUUCAUGCCAGAGACCAUCCCGUCACUGUCUCCUGAAACACUGCUCACGUGGAGCCGUCUGUCCUACCAGCAGCUGCUGUGUGAGAUCUGCUCCCUCUACAUCCCUGAGCAGGAGAUACCGCGACAUGAUCUAGAGGGGCUCAUUUCCCAGGCACUGUCUAGCUUCUCCAUACCUGAAGUUGUGAGACUGGUUCAGCUAAAGGACUCGUUGUGCAUCCUGGAACUGUUUCAUGGAGAAACGCUUGCGUUUAAGGAUCUGGCCAUGUCCUGUACCUCUCAGUUCCUGCAGUACUUCCUGCGCAAAGAUGGCAAACGGGCCACAAUACUAGUAGGUACGUCGGGCGACACGGGCGGCUCGGCCAUCAGAAGUGUGUUGGGUCUCAGUGAGGUGGACAUAGUGGUGGUGUUUCCCCACAGACGCAUCACCAGAGUACAGGAACGACAGAUGACCACCAACAUAGCGGACAACGUCCAUGUGUUUGCAGCUGACGGGACGUCUGAUGACAUCGACGUUCCUCUGAGGAAACUGUUUGCUGAUCCAGACCUGGUGCUUAGUCAUGGUCUCAUGAGUCUGAACUCUGUGAACUGGUCCAGGAUCCUGGUCCAGCUGGCACACUUCCUAUACGCAUACCUUCAGCUGAGCGUGCCGCUGGCCAAAGAAGAUGCUCUGCCCGUGCUGGAGGUGCUGGUGCCCACAGGAGGAGCGGGAAACAUUACAGCUGGAUACAUCAUGAAGCUGAUGGGAAUCCCUCUGCGUCUCGUGGCUGUGGUCAACUCCAACGACAUCGUCCACCGCGCACUCCAGAGCGGAGAUUUCUCUAUGUCCGACUCUGUCAAGCAAACUCUUGCUCCUGCCAUCGACAUCCAGGACCCAUAUAACAUGGAGCGCGUGUUCUGGCUGCUGUCUGGUCGAGAUGGAGUGAUGAUUAAGAGUUUGAUGGAGGAGUUUCAGAGGACACACAAACUUACUCUUCCCGAGUCACUCCAUCAGCAGUUGUGUGAGGUGUUGUCAUCCGGGUCGGUGUCUGAUGACGGGAUACUGGAGGCCAUGAGGAGAUGCUGGCAGGACAAUCACUAUCUCAUCUGUCCACAUACAGCUGUAGGUGUGUGGCAGCACUAUCACACACCCAUCAGACCCGGAGAAAAAAGAUGCUGCAUAGCGACCGCAUCACCUGCUAAGUUUCAGGAGGCUGUGCAGAAGGCUGGUUUGACCCUUGACCUCCCUGAAGCAGUGCAGCUGUUAGACACAAUGGAGACACGCUAUGAAGUUCUGGAGCGAUCGGACGACUGGGAGUCCAGGCUGAGACGACACAUAGAGUCCAUCAGCUCAAUGAGACGACUCGGAGCAGCAGCAGAGACCAGAGACUGACAUGGAGAUGAUUUGAUGAGCAUUUCAAAUGCAGGAGUAUCCCUGUUUUCAGCACCAGAGAGACUCGCAGCACUUUUUGAUCAAGAAUGUCAUGUUCUGGAGUUCUGGCUAUAUUAUCAUUUUUUUUAUAAUGAACCGAGCAAAAUUGCAACUAAACUCGACUGUCAGUGAUUGCCCAGUGUUUUCAUUUGAAGAACACUAUAAUCGGCUUUUAGAUGACUGUGUUUCAUUGGAAAAACCCAACUCAAAUAAAAAUAACUCUUAUUAUUUAUAAUGAAA